UACAUUUUCUACGUUUUGUAGAAGUCUGUUUCAAGUAUAAACUCAUUCAAACAUCCACAUCUUUAGCACUCUUUUCACAAAGCUAUCAAUAUCAACAAGACCAUGGCUCUGAUUCCAAGCAUUUUCGGUGGCCGCCGGAGCAACAUCUUCGACCCCUUUUCAUUGGACGCUUGCGAUCCUUUUCAAGGCUUCCCAUUUUCAAGCUCACUGGCUAACGUGCCUUCCUCCGCCCGGGAGACCUCUGCUUUUGCCAACACUCGCAUCGACUGGAAGGAGACCCCGCAAGCCCAUAUCUUCACAGCCGAUCUCCCUGGGAUCAACAAAGACCAACUCAAAGUUGAGGUUGAAGAAGGCAGAGUUUUGCAGAUCAGUGGAGAGAGAAGCAAAGAACAGGAGGAGAAGAAUGAGAAAUGGCAUAGAAUUGAGCGGAGCAGUGGGAAGUUCAUGAGGAGAUUUAGGCUCCCAGAAGAUGCCAAAGUUGAGGAGGUGAAGGCAAGAAUGGAGAACGGAGUUCUUACUGUGACAGUACCGAAAGUGGAAGCGAAGAAGCCUGAAAUCAAGUCCAUUGAAAUCUCAGCUUAACUUUAUUUAUUGCUCGGUUCUGUGUUUGUCUACCCUGAAAUGUUCUGUAGAUCCUCUAUGGUUAUAAGUUUUGCAGUUAUGUGUUUGU